AUGCCUCAUUGUUUCUGCUGCAGAUGCUAAGUCAUCCGGCCAUGCCGACACGCUGCUCCAGAAGCGUUUUCACGAACUGGGCCUGGGUACGGAGGCCUUCAGCUCCGUGCAGUAUGUUGGCACCCAGACCAUCACACCCCCCACUGACUACAGCGGGCUGCUGGAGGCCGUCAAGCAGCAAGUGAAGAACACUCACACACGCUCCCCCCGUCAGCCCGGGAUAAUGUUUCACGCUCUGGAGGCCCUGAGUGAGCGUUUCUGUGGAGAACUGCCGGACGACAAGAUGAUCCCGUACUCCUUCUUCCCAGAUGAGUACUUUACAUGCUCUGCUGUCUGCCUCAGCUGCAACAUUCGCUGUAAAAAUGGAAUGAACCAUCUGAGAGACCGGGUCCCCCACUUGGCAGAUGGACUGUGCCAGUAUGUUCACCAGUACAACAACAAAGUUCUUAUCUGCAAGAAGUGUUAUGAGGGAGGCAGAGAGGUGAUUGUUUUGCCCAAGACGUCAGCUUCCUCUGAUAACCCAUGGUUUGGAUUGGCCAAGUAUGCGUGGUCAGGCUAUGUGUUGGAGUGUGCUAGCUGUGGUGUAAUCUACCGCAGCAGACAGUACUGGGUGGGGAACCAGGACCCUGAGAGCGGCGUGGUGCGGUCGGAGGUCAAGCACGUCUGGGAGGGGUCGGACACUUUUCUGACGACCCACCAGAACGCUGCCCAGAGGGUCCUGGACGGGAUGAACUACGUGAUCCAGUCAGUGUCAGAGUACAGCACCGGGCCCACCAAAGCUGUGGCAGCCUGGGUCACUGACCAGGUGGCCCCCCCGUACUGGAGACCCAACACAGAGAUCACUGCGUGUCAUGGCUGCAGGAAGGUGUUUGAGGAGGCGGAGAGGAAGCACCACUGCCGAUCGUGUGGCGAGGGUUUCUGCCAUCCCUGCUCCAGCCAGAGGAUGCCGGUGCCGGAGAGGGGCUGGGGCAGUGGGCCGGUCCGGGUCUGUAAGAAGUGCUACCAGCAGGGAGGGCCGGCUGACACCAACAGCCAGGUGUGUAAGGUGGAGCCUCGUGGUCUGAUCGCUCGCAGGGUGACGGAGGUGGCGCAGUCUACACUGGACAUGGUCACCACAGCUGUGGACUACCCGAUCUGUUUUAUGAAAGAUGUGGCUCGGCCGGACUACUGGGUGCCAGAUGCGGACAUCACCCAGUGCCACCAGUGCUCCAAACCCUUUACUCCGACAAUAUCCAAGCACCACUGCAGGGCCUGUGGGCAGGGUGUGUGCGGCCCCUGCUCCACACACAUCAAGCCCGUGCCCUCCCGAGGCUGGGACCACCCGGUCAGAGUGUGUGAAGGCUGCCACGCCCGCAAGGACAAUCUGUGAGCUUUUUGAACCUGGAGAACUUCCUCAGAUGAUCCACGAAGAACACUGAAUCGUGGCACUGCUGCUCCCAGAGAACAAGGAGGAUUGAGUAUGAAGUACUAAACGGCAGAACAGCAAUAAGCCUUGUUUUAAUGCGUGAAGAGAGACAAAGCUUAAAAUGGCCCCCUUGUGUUUUAUCAGUGCUGGCCCGGGAUCAGCUUCCCAUCUAAUAUGCCUUCCUCUAUCUACUGAUUCUGCAGCAGUACAGAGGCACAACAGACUGUAGAUCAACUUCUCUAUAGCCCUACUGCAGCAGUCUAGCUAUCAUUAAACCAACUGGACAAAUGGAAAGCUGGACGUGUGAUUCUUGGAAAUGUAGGAUAUAAGGACAUAAAACUCUUCUCCAUUCUGCAGAGCUACAACUCUUUGCCGUGUAGUCUUCCUUCAUUUAUUUGUUUUUUGCACAGCCCUGCAGCACACAACCCUUUCUCAAUUUGACCAAUUUGUAAACAAGUAAAUAAGAUGCACUGGGAUUUUAAGAGACAUUUCUUUUAUUUAGAGGGAUUCUUAACCUGUCUACAGCCUCAUCUCAAUAUAUUGUAUCAUCCCUGCAAAGCCCUCAGAAAGUAGAGAAAGUGUGGGGGGGUUUUAUCCUCCUGCUGAUCCUUCUCUUCUCAUCUCUUUCUCUCUUUGAGGUAUAAAAGAGAACAAGACUGUUGGGAAAAGAGAGCCCUGUGUGUGCCUGUAACGCUCUGGACAGAAAGAAAGAAAGCAUAGAGAGAACACGAGCUACAGCAGUGUGUGCCUUCAUGGGAAGCUCGAUUCCCUUUUCUAUAGCCCCUAAUGUCUGUUUUAGGGGUUCCCUUCAUAUGUGCAAGGUCUAAUGAGAUUAUUUGUGCCUAAUUGCAGGGCAAUGUAAUCCAGAGCCUCGCUCAUCUGAUUUAAUUGUAUUUACGAUAUGCUGAACUUGAUAGGAAAAUAAACUUUGUAGCACAUUAAAGACAUUCCAAUGUAUACCUGUUUACUGAUAGAUUAGCUUUUCUGAGGUCUUUAUAAAAAUGGCGGCACUCUUUUGAGCUAAUAACGCUUCAGAAUGUAAUAUUUAAUGAAUGCACCUGCACUAGACUGGACAAUUAUUGUUAAUGGAAUUAUACACUUUCUGUCAAAGGGACUCGGUUUUAACAUUCUGAAUGAAUGCUAUUUCUCAUUGUCCAGAAAUAAUAAAUCAAUUUGAAAAAUGCUUUUUCAGUGAAAUCUGGAAA